CUUUGACAUAGUUCCUGAGAAGAAUGAAGAACCCAGCUAUGCCUACCUGGGUGAUGUUGUGAGGAAGAAAGAUGCCCGAAAGCAGUUACAAGGCUGGGGGUGUCGAGAGUGCGAGAAAUGGUAUGAAAACCAGGAUCUUGAUCCAGAAGAAAAGAAGAGGUUGAUGAACAAAUGCUCCAGACAUCGCAGCAAGCACAACCCAGUCACCAAUACCCCCAAGCACUUCUGGGACCCUGGGUGGGUUGACACAGAAGAACCAUCGUUUUAGUGUUAUUUAUAUAAGAUGCACUUGAACUGCAUGUAGCAAUGUUGAAUGAAGAUCAAGUUUAUAAACAGAGGUAUUUUUGUAUAUUUUUGGAAUAUUUUUAUUAUUUGAUCUUAAAUAAAUGUAGUAUAUGUA